AUGUCCGCCAAGUCGAGCUGGCCGGUAGACAGCGCGGCCAACAAGGACGGCGGCCGCACGUCGGUCGUGUGCUACUGGAAUUCGUCCAGCCUGCUACGGUCGGCGCCCAAGGACUACGACCUGGGAAAGCUGUGCGCCCACUGCUGCACCCACCUGGUCUACAUGACCGCACGGCUGAACGCAGACGGGCAGCAGCUGCAGUUCCCUGAGGACGACACCGGGCUCAAGUCGGUACGCGACAUGGACGCGCUGAAGACGAGCCACCCGCAGCUGAAGCUCGUGUUGUCCAUCAGGAUGGAGGGCUCGGGCGUGAACAACCUGAGCGUCGGCGCAGAUGCACCGUCCAGGCGAGCCCAGCUCGCCGAACGCCUGGUCCACUGGCUGUCCGAGUUCAACUUCGACGGCGUCGAGAUCGACUGGGACCGGCUGCCUGUGGACCUCAAGCCCGUCUACGUGGACUUCGUCAGGGCGUUCCGCAUCACCAUGAAGAAGUCCCGCCUGCUGACGCUAGUCAGCGUCCACAUGAAGUGGGGACCCUCGUAUGACGUGGAAGCCCUGCACGGUCUGAGCGACCUGCUGAUUGUGCACGCGUACUCUAAGGAGGACACCCCCAAGACCGCUGUCCCGCCGAUCAUCUUCAAGGAAGACCUGGUGGAGGCAUGCGAGGCGUUUCUGGGAGAGCUACGCUCGCGACAGCGGGUGGCCUUGGCGUUGCCUCUGUUCGGCUACGCCUAUCGGCUACGAAACAGCGCGCGUUACGAGUUACGCUCCGCCGUCAGGGGUCCCGCGCCACCGGGACCGUACACCGACGAGCGUGGGUUACUCGCCUAUUUCGAGAUCUGCCUGGAGUUCAGCUCCGACCUGUGGGUUUCCCUGUACGACAAGGAGGCCGACUGCAAGAUCGCCGUCAACAGGGACAAGGGACAGUGGAUCGGAUACGACAACAAGGCCACCAUUCUCAACAAGGUACUGUUCGCCAAGCGCAUGCGCAUGGGCGGUAUUGCCGUGGUGACCGUCGACAUGGACGAUUAUAACGGCGACUGCGGUCAGCGCAACGUGCUGCUCGGUCAGCUGCACAAUGCGCUUAACGAGCUCGACCGGCCAAUCAGGAGGCUGCCGGCCAACCUCAGCCUGCCUCCGCAGCCGACGACCACCUUUCGGGCCGGGUUCCCUCAAGGAGACCACGGAGGACAGCCGACGUCCGCUAGGCCUGAUGGACGUCGUCAAGCCUAA